AUGCCCUCAUAUGCUAAGUUGCUUAAGGAAAUCUUGUCAAAUAAGAAAAAAUUGGAGGAUUAUGAAACUGUUGCACUUACUGAAGAAUACAGUGCUAUAUUGCAGAAUAAGCUUCCCCCUAAACUUAAAGAUCCUAGAAAUUUCUCUAUUCCAGGUCACAUUGGAGAGACAAGUAUUGAAAAGGCAUUUUGUGAUCUUGGAGCUAGUGUAAGUUUGAUGCCACUCUCCAUUUGUGAAAAAUUGAAGGUUGGAGAAUUGAAGCCCACCACCAUUUCUUUGCAAUUGGCUGAUAGAUCUAUCAAAUAUCCAGUGGGAAUUUUGGAGAAUGUGCCAUUAAAGGUUGGAAAAUUUUUUAUUCCUAUGGAUUUUAUGGUUCUAGAGAUUGAGGAGGAUGUAAGAACACCCAUCAUACUUGGAAGACCAUUUUUAGCUACUGCAGGAGCUAAUAUAGAUGUGAAGAAUGGGAGAUUGAAGUUGAAAGUGGGAGAAGAGGAAAUAGAAUUCAAUUUAUUCCAAGAUUCUAAGAAAUCAGCUGUGCAUACAGUGCGAAAGAAAAAGUCUCCUUUGCCACCUCCUUUUGAUAAGAAUAAAACUCCAAGAGUAAAACUUAAGGCUUCAUCUAAACAACUCAAGGCAGAAGGUUCAUCCCAAGUUUGUAAGAGUAAUUUGCAAGGUGUGGUUGGGAUUCUAAACAAAGCAACAGGCGAAAUGCAAAGAUUGGAUGUUUUGGAAAAUGCUGCAAAGAAAACCAUGUUGCUAAUUUAG